AAAAAGAACACCAUGCCCGCAUGAAAUGUAAGAAUCCCCAGAUUAGCAGGGGAAUGGAAAAACUCAAUAAUAAUAAUAAUGGAGAUCAUCAUUCCGCAACGGCCGCUCGCUCAGGCCUAGAAGAACUCUCCUUCCAUCCUCCAAACUCGACCGGCAAUCUCGCACCCUUUCCUUCCGUGGCAGCAAGCAACGUCUUCCCCUCCCUCCCCACGCGGAUUUAUCUUCUGCUCUCUCUCUCUCUCCCCCUCGCCAAUUCUGCUCUCUCCCCCUCUUUCAUUCUCUCUCGAGAACACCUCUGGAUUCGCUGAUUUUGGAAAAUCCAACCCGUUUGAUCUUGGAUCCGAUCUACUGCAAGGAGAUUCCCGCCGUCUGACCAAGCAUGCGGUUUUGACAGGGAGACAUUGAGAUCGAGGGAGCGAGCGACCAGACAAAGGAAGAAGGAGAGAAGGUCGAACUCCGGCAAGCCAAAGCUAUUGCGUCCCAAUAAUGAUGGAGAAGGCAGAUCCUUCGCAGAAGUUGUACACACGGAUGCGGCUAUGGGAAUUUCCAGAUCAGUAUGUUAUUGAGCCCACUGAUGGCUCUGCUGGCUCCUGUUUGACAAUCAGUCGGGUGGAUGGGUCAAUGAAACUUGUUGAUGACAUUCCACAGAGCAGCUCUCUUAGAGUUCCAAAAAUUCAGACUAUCUUUGGUGUAGUUGGGAUGCUGAAGCUCUUGGCUGGUUCAUAUUUAUUAGUUGUAACAGAACGUGAAAGUGUUGGAUCUUACCUGGGGCAUCCUAUAUUCAAAGUUUCAUCCUUGAAGGUCUUUCCUUGUGAUCAUUCACUUAAAAAUUCCCCUUUAGAACAGAAAAAGAUGGAGACUGAAUUUUUUAGGCUUCUUGGUGUUGCCGAGGGGACUCCUGGCCUGUAUUUCUCAUAUGAUGUCAAUUUAACACUGAGUGCUCAAAGAUUGCAUAAUUUAGGUGACGAGUCAAAGCUGCUUCCUCUUUGGAGACAGGCAGACCCUAGGUUUCUCUGGAACAAUUAUAUGUUGGAGGUGCUCAUAGAUAAUAAGCUUGACCCAUACUUGCUUCCUGUUAUCCAAGGGAGUUUUCAUAGCUUCCAAGCAGCCAUUGGAAAAGACAUUAUCGAUGUUACUCUAAUUGCACGAAGAUGCACGAGGAGAACUGGCACACGGAUGUGGAGAAGAGGAGCUGAUUCUGAUGGAUAUGUUGCUAAUUUUGUGGAAAGUGAACAAAUCAUGCAGUUAAAUGGACAUACAGCAUCAUUUGUGCAGAUUCGAGGGUCAAUCCCGUUGCUAUGGGAUCAAAUUGUUGAUUUGACGUACAAACCUAAGUUUGAGAUUGUGAGACUUGAGGAAGCACCUCGCGUAGCUGAACGACACUUUUUGGAUUUAAGAAAAAAGUAUGGAAAUGUUGUAGCCGUAGAUCUUGUCAACAAGCAUGGAGGUGAGGGACGCUUAAAUGAAAAAUUUGCCAAUGCAAUGCAGCAUAUUGUUGGUGAUGAUGUGAGAUAUUUGCACUUCGAUUUUCAUCGUAUUUGUGGGCACAUUCAUUUUGAGAACCUCUCUAUUCUCUAUGAGCAAAUUGAGGAUUUUCUCAUUAAAAAUAGGUAUCUGCUUUUGAAUGAAAAAGGUGAGAAAGUUGAGGAGCAACUUGGAGCUGUCAGAACUAACUGUAUUGAUUGCUUAGACCGUACCAAUGUUACCCAGAGCAUGAUUGGUCGAAAAAUGUUGGAGUUCCAACUUAGAAGAAUUGGUGUAUUUGAUGCUGAGGAAAGUAUUAGUACACAUCCAAAUUUUGAUGAGAACUUCAAGAUUUUAUGGGCAAACCAUGGGGAUGACAUAAGCAUCCAGUAUUCCGGUACUCCUGCUUUAAAAGGGGAUUUUGUCAGAUAUGGCCAACGUACUGCCCAAGGGAUUCUUAAAGAUGGAUAUAAUGCCCUUAUGCGUUAUUACCUGAACAACUUUCGUGAUGGAACAAAGCAGGAUGCGAUUGAUCUCGUUCAAGGUCAUUUCAUUGUUUCUAUUUCCCGAGAUAUGGCCUCUACAUCUCAGAAAGGAGGCCUGGAGGCUGUAGCUUCCUUUCCACUGGCUUUGUCAUUGGUCAUGGCUGGAUUCUUCCUCACAAUUAUGUCAUUGAGACAAGUUCCAUACGAUCUUCGGCACUUAUUCUUUUCAACCUUGUGGGCAAGCAUGAGCGUUGCCAUUGCUGCAUAUGUCAAAGCCAAUGGUAGAAUGUUUUGUAAUCGGCCGCGUCUGCUCAAACCACGGUCUUGAAUUUUGGUUCAGGUUGCUCUUGCUGACAUCGAAUUUGAGCCUGAUUCUUUUACCUCUAAUUAUUUAUAUUCUUUUUAAUACUAUUUUAGUAACCCAUGUAAUUUGAUCCUGUUUUGGUUAAUAUCAAAAGGUUUAUAAUGAACCCAUGUUAUUUGAACCUGUUUUGGUUAAUAUCAAAGGAUUUAUAAUCAGAAGGUCUAUUCUUUUAA